AUGGGUAAUUGUCCAACAUGUUCUCCUGAAUAUGAAAGUAAAAGUCUUGAUCCAGUAUGCAAUGGUACACGAAUGUGGACUACAUUUCUUUUCUCAUCGUUGGUUGUACUUUUCACUGGAGCGAUAAUAAUAUGUAUUUCUGAAGCAUUCCAAAAACUAUCGUCUAAAUGGCAUACGAAACAUCCGACAAGAACAAAAAAUGUGAGACAUUUAACUGCUGCUCAAAACAAACGAUACUUUUGGUUUAGUUUAUAUUCUCUUGUCGAUAUUUUUACUAUUCCACCAUCGUUCAUGACUAUAUAUCUCAAUCGAAGUUGGACAGGCUUUCGAUUUUUACGAGCAAUUCCUAUAAUGAUUAUCCCUGAUAUUCUACAAUAUAUGUAUGUAAUUAAACAACCGCGUACAAUUCGAAUCAGUCAAUUGGCAUCAAAAUUUAUUGCGAUCUUAUUUGCAACUGGUGGAUUUGUACAUCUUGCUGAAAAUUCAGGCGAUUUCUUUUGUAAUUUUUGUAAUGCACAAGAAAUCGAUGUUUUUAAUUCCGUAUACUAUAUGAUUAUUACUAUGACAACAGUUGGUUAUGGAGAUAUUUCUUGCAAGACAUAUAUUGGCAAAUUUUUUGUAUUAUUAACUCUUAUUGGUGGAUUGGCAGUUUUUACAACUAUGAUUCCAGAAUUUUCAAGUCUAUUUCGUUCAAAAGAUCCGUAUGCUAGUCAGUAUCAUAGAGUCAAAGGCAAACGUCAUGUUAUCAUCUGUGGACAUAUUACACCUCAUUCAUUGGCUGCAUUUCUUCGUGAUUUUCUUCAUCAAGGUCGUGACGAAGUCGAUGAACUCGAAGUUGUCAUCAUGGAUAAAAAAACGCCUGAUAUUGAAAUGGAAGCAUUACUUAAACGAUACUAUACAAAAUUACAAUAUUUUGUUGGUAGUAUUAUGAAUAUUGCUGACUUACACCGUAUACAGGUCAAUAAAGCUACGGCAUGUUUAAUCAUUGCUAAUAAAGAAUGUGCAGAUCCUAAUAGUGAUGAUUCAGCAAAUAUUAUGCGAGUAAUUAGUUUAAAAAAUUUUAAUCAUCAUAUUCGCAUACUGUUACAACUACUACGCUAUCAUAAUAAAUUAAAUGUUGUAUCAAUACCAGGUUGGAGUACAGAUAAUGACGAAAUUAUCUGUAUUUCUGAAUUAAAACUCGGUCUUAUCGGUAUGUCAUGUAUUGCACCUGGAUUUGCUACAAUGAUGACAAAUAUAUUUCGAAUGUCAUCGUACGAUGCUCGGAAAUCCCAGCAUAUGACUCAAAUUUGGCCAUGGCGUGAUUUGUAUUAUCGAGGUGCUGGAAUGAAAUUAUAUCUCGAAGAAAUGCCUUCUUCGUUCUAUGGAAAAUCAUUUGUUGAAAGUGCUCUAAUUUGUUUUAAACUUCAUGUUAUGCUUCUUGCUGUUGAAAUGGAACGAUCAGAUGAAAAUGAUAUUACACGAAUGAUUGUCAAUGUAAUUCCAUGUGAUAAUUGUAUAAUUCUUCCUGGAAGUCGCGCAUUUAUUGUGUGUAUGUCGAAUGAAGAAGCUAAUCGAGUAAAAUACUAUUGCUCAAUUUGCUAUCCAGUACUUGAUAAUCUUACUGAAUCACAAUUGAAACAGAUGCGAAAAUGUUCACAUGAAGAAAUUAAUGUGAGAUUAGAAGAAGAAAUACCAAUUCGAAUACAACCGUUUGAUUUUUCAGAAAAUGAACAUGCUAUUGUGUUAUCAACAGAGGAUAUAUCAAGUUUUGAUUCCACUGGCAUGUUCUAUUACACACCACCACGAAACAUAGAAGAUGCUAUUCUUGACACAAAUGUACUUCGAGAGCAUCGUACUGAAUUUCCAGAACAACGUUUUACACAUGAGGAAACAAUGCCAUCGAAGCAUCCUCUCUAUUUUCGAGAUCAUAUAAUCGUAUGUCUUCAUGCCGAUGAUACAUCACCAACAAUUGGCCUUCGAAAUUUUGUCAUGCCUCUUCGUGCGAGUUCAUUUCGUCGACAUGAAUUACCAACUAUUAUUUUUGUUACUGAUUUAUGUUAUAUUCAACGUGAAUGGGACAUGUUAUCAACUUUUCCCGAUAUAUAUAUUCUCAAUGGUUCUCCAAUUAAUCCUUACAAUCUCAAAUUAAUCUCACUUCAUGAUUGUCGUCAAUGUGUUAUUAUGUCCACUGUCGAUCGUGGAAAUCUAGACACUUAUUUAGUCGAUAAAUCAUCCGUACUAUGUGCUCUUACUAUUCGACAAAUUCAAAUGAAACGAGUUGGACUUCUUUCACAAUAUAGUUUAACAGGAAGAGGCAGAGUUAAUCAAUAUAUAAGUGGAACAAAACUUCUACGUCAAAAUUGGAUUAAUACAUUAACUACACUAACAAUUGAUUCUAAUGUACAGUAUGUUGAACAAGGACAUACCGAUGAAGUUGAUCUUCAAUUCUUUUUAACUACUCCAUUUGCAUCAGGUAUCAUUAGUAUAGGUACUGCAUUUGCCGACAGUGUACUUGAUUGUAUCCUAAGUUGUGCUUAUUACAAUGUAAAUGCAGUCAAUUUACUUCGAAAUAUACUUGUGGGUGGUAUUGAUAUAGAAUUAGAAGAUAUACUUGCUGAAGGCAAACGAUUUACUCAAUGCAAAUCACCGGAAAUGUUUCAAAAACGGAAACGAGCACGAGUAGCUUUAGUUGCAAUUUGUAAUUUAAUUCCAGAUAUAGAUACAAGAUCAGAUCCUGUAACAUUUAGUUUACUUUUUUGUAAAUCACUUGAAUAUCAUCGUAUGGUAGUCAUGGGCAUUUAUCGUCUUUUGGAUGUAUUGCUUAAAAGAGAUCCAAAUUGGAAAGGUCAUCAAUCAAUAAAUGAUCAAAAACGUAUUGUUAUCUAUUAUCCACCAUAUGAUUAUCACAUGGAUCGAACAGAUAUGGUCUAUGUUAUGCAACAUUCGCAUUUAGAAGAUGAUUAG